AUGGUGGCCGAACUGACAGACAUUCCCGUUGCAAACGCAGAACGAAAAGCAUCUACAACAGCUGAUACAGAGAAGGUUCGAGCAUCUGCCAGAGGUAAGAAUCGUCCGAAGUGGAUACAAACAGCGACGCGUGAACCGAUUUACAGUGUUCUGGAUAGCAACGAGCAACCCGCGAGUAACAACUUGCCAAUUGGUGUGAAGAGCAACGUGGUAGUGAUAAGCGCGGUGAAAAGUGAGAAAACGAGGAAAAACGUGCAAAGGGGUAAUCCGUAUGUUUGGUUACCGCCAACGGAGAACAAAGUAACGUCGCAAGAGUCAACGUCGCCCGAGGCGGAAGAUGAGGAUCCUCUGUACAGCGUCGUGAGAAAACCGAAAAAGAUCCAGUUACCAGAAACAGAUUUUCUCGAGAGGAAGCUGCAACCGAUCAAGGAGCAAUCGGCAGAGGAGAAACAGGCUCAAGUUGAGAUCUGUUCGAGACAGGAGGAACUUCGUCGGUGGUUGCAGGUUGCGUCGAAACAGCUACCAGAACCUCGACGACUCUUCAGUCUCGGUGAAAUGUACACGAACCACUUGGGAGAGUUUGAUCAGCUGCAAGCGGAUUGGAAGAGGAACGUGUCGGUGCCACGGGGCAUCGUCGGUCUGGUAGGGCCUUACCGGGUAUAUCAGAAUCCGAACGAAAGAAGAGAGUACAUGCUGCAGGAGGAGGAGUUGGUAGAGGAAGUGGUCGAUUCUGUGAGUGAAAUCGGUGCGCGCGAGAACAACGCGACAACCACCGUGCCUAAUCACCAAAGAGCCAAAUGGCGGAUCAGAGAGGACGACGACGAGGACACUUUGGUGCCUGACAUUCGUAACAUUCCCGGUCUCGAGGGUUUCGCCAUGCAGCCGGACAACAAACAGCUCUCAGAGUGGAAGAAAGUUGACGAGCAAAGUGGCACGAUCGAGUACAACAAGAAAGAAGAAGCUUUCGUGAGGAAGGAGGAGGAGGAGGAGGAGGAGUUCAAAGGAGAUCUCAGUGGAAUUGUAUCUGGUAAAGAAGAACGUGCUGUGGAUGUUCCAGAUCAAGUAUCGACUGUUUCUACGUCUUCUAUAAAGGAUAAGAAGGCCAGCAAUGAACAGCACGACAAGGACAGCCUGAACGAGACCGGAAGCAUAACUGGUGGCACCGUGGAGGGUGCACCUGGUGGAGCCCCUAACAGGGGUGAAAGGAACACCGAGACCGAAGCGGCGUCCACAGAAGCAACAACAAGAUCCAUUCCGUCCAGGUCUCUGGUCUCAAGGAUCCUUUCUAAGACACGAUCUUCGAACGAUCUCUUGGAUCAUUCUGAACCCUUUUCACAAUUAUGGAUCGUUCUAUCAAACGUGUACGGCCAGCUCGUCGUGGUGCUAAUGAUCGCUCUGUGCUUGGCCGAAGUUAUGGACACGCCUGUGCCUUUGCUCAGCUUACAAGGUGUGUUCCUGAUGUACCUGUACGUGGGAAGUAUAGCGGUGAUCAUCAGUAUCUAUAUUUGGGUGUUAGUGGACAGUUGUGGAAGCCUUGGUACCGGUGCAACCGGUGUCGACGACGCGGAACUCGGCGGCACGUCCUUAACGAGGUUUGGUUCCUUGAAGCGUGCUCACAUCUCUCGAUCUAGAACAGCGCCGACGAGUUUUUACAUUCGUGUCGGAGCUUUACUCUUCGGGUUGGCGACCCUCGUUUUCAACGGUUUAGAAAUGGCGAUGCACUCCAUGAUGCAAGGAGCGGAAUGCCUGAGCGAUGUUGUCUUCGUGCAUCCGGUGCUUCACGGGCUGUUCACAUUUCUGCAGAUGCACUUUCUCUUCGUGAACUCUCAGGUUCUAGUGGAGAGAUUCGGUUUAGCAGCGAGAUUCGGGUUCAUUCAUCUGACCGCCACGAAUAUUGCUGUUUGGGUUCGAUUGGUAAUAUGGGAUUCCGCUCAGGAGUGGACGUAUUUUGUCCAUUUGGCGCAACGAGGUCCUCACAAUUCUGCCUCACCGUUGAAUCUACGGGGAUUUCCCGAAUCUUUGAUCAGGCAUACGCGAGAUUUGAUAAAUCAUUCUCCAACAGAGAAGGAAGUCUUCCAACCGUACCAGCCUAUAUCGAACGAGCAAAUCUCUCAAGUAAUCGCGUUGCAAGAGUGCCUGAACACGAACACACUUGGCCAACUGUGGACGUCGAGCAUGCCGUUUCUUUAUCCAUUUAUCGUGCAAUUUAGCCUGAUCGCCGCUGCGGUGACUUUUGUAAUGGGCCAGAACGUUGGUAGGAAUCGCUUAUCACACAAGCAAAAGUUCCACGGCAGCAAGGACCUGACGAGUCACACUAAAGUCGGCUGCGACGGCUCCAGCAAAGGUUUAUUCCUCGGCAUACUGUGUAUGGUCGCUGGUAUAGUGGUCAUCCUAAUAUUCCUGGUCGUCAGAGAAGACGAACACUUCCCAUCGACGACGUUGUCGUGGCUAACUUGCGGUACUCUUAUCAGCAUCUUAACAUUGAGUACCUUAAUGACGGCCAGCGGUCUCGUUCAAGUUCGUCAGAUGUCCGUGGUGACCAGAGCACCAGCCACUUUAGACAGUUUACUAUCCAACGUGGCCCUGUUCGGAGUUCAAUUGUACUCGAUAUUCACAGUAGUGGUUUGUGCCUGUUCUCUGGUCGUUCUGGAAGGUGAGAACGAGGAAACACGUGCAAGACACAUAAUGCUUCUCACAGCGUCGAUAUUACAAUUGAUACAGUGUUUCGCUCAGAGUACACUGAUAGCUGAGGCGUCGAAGAGAUCUUGCAUAACUCGUUUCCAAAUAAUAGCGAAACCAGCCCGGCAAGUGAUCACUUUCCUCCUAUUCAGUAAUUCCGUAUUGUGGGCUUUUGAUACGGUGAUCACGCAAAAUUGGCUCUCCCAAGAGCUGCAGCUGAGAUUCUUCGGGGUGCUCGCCUGGGGCGUUUUAUCCAGGAUUGGACUUCCUUUGUUGAUCUUCUAUCGGUUCCACAGUUGUGUAUUACUGCUGGAGGCGUGGAACAAGUGCUAUAGAAUGCCAAGGGGUGAGCAUCCGCUCAACUGA